GGAGUUAUAAGAAAACCACGAGCAGCAGCUGGAUUCCGUGGCACUGUGCGCUAUGCUCCAAUUUCAUGUCAUAUGCAAAGAGAGCUAUGUCGAAAGGAUGAUGUAGAAACAUGGGUUUAUCAGCAAGUGGAAUUGACAGUUGGAAGAGUACCCUGGAGAGAAGUACAAGAUAUAAACCAGUAUGAAAAUUAUCAAAAAUACAAAGUUGUUGAACAUACAUGCUAUCGUGCACUUGUUAAGGUUGGAGAAUACAAGAAGAGAUGUCGUCAGCCACCGGGCUUAUAUGAGCUGUUUGCUGCACCGUGUCCGAGAGAGUAUGUUGAGAUUCUGCAAUUGGUGGAUUCGCUGAAGUACUACGACCAACCAAACUACGCUCAAAUUUACGCGGUGAGUGAUUGUAACCAGAUAUUUUACUAUGAGAGGCACUCGAGCUCAAUCUUUUCUGUUCUACAUGAUAUGUACAGAUAUGCUUUGGUAUGAUU